CAAAUUGUUAAUUUUUUUUUUGAAUGAAAUUCAUUUUAAUUAAAGAUUCUCGAAGAAUGACUGAAUAGAAAAUGCCAUAUGCGAUCAAGCUAUGAAAUCAUGUCAUGAAUUCCCGGUUAGAUAAGGUUUAUGUUUGUAUGUGCGUCUCGUUGUCCAUUGGUUAUCAGUAUCGAAAAGAAUGCAAGGGCUACUGAUGAUGAGAGAAACCCGAAAAGAUAUGAAAAGAAACGUGAGCUGAAAGACAUUUGGUUGGUACGGAUUUUCGACUUUGAGCUGCAACGCUGCAUUAGAAAUUUGUUAUUGCAUCAGCAGAACAUAAAACAUGGCGUCGCGCUCUUGGCAUUGUCAACAUUAAGUCGGAAGUCGUUCGUUUCUAAGACAAUUUGACGAGAUAAAACUUUUUUGUCAUUUCUAGGAACUAUUUAAACCCUGAUUCCUGCAUAUUUCAUAUUGCACCAAAGAUAUUACAAAAGAAAAUUCCUCAAAGAACAAAAAUUAACAAACUUUUGUGUUGAAGUGGGCAUCUUCAUGCUAAAGUUAUAAUUCAACAACUCAACAUUCCUUUAAAUAGGCAUAAAAGUGAAUUGAGUUGGCAAAUUUUACCAUCAUUGAAAAUGGUGCCAAAUAGUGAAGAGAGUAAUGGAGCUAUGAGCAGCACAGAGCAAACCUCUUUGAAAUCAUCUAAAACGAGCAAAGGGAAAAUUACCCCUGCUAAAAGUUCACUUAAUGUUGAAAAAGAUACUGAAGAAUACCGCAAACUGAGAGAUAGAAAUAAUGAAGCUGUUAAGAAGAGCCGCACAAGAACCAAAUUGAGAACACAGAACACAUUAGACAAAGUGGAAAAAUUAAGGGGUGAAAACACCAAACUGGAAGAUCGGAUUGAAGGUCUCAAGAAAGAGUUGGAGCUGCUCAAGGAACUUUUUGUCAGCCACACAGGUACCAAGAGCAUGAAAAGGCUGACAGAAGUGGAUCUCGAUGAACUUAUUGCUGAAGCUGCACCAAAUAACAAGAAAAGUAAGAAAGGAGCUAUGCCCAACACUGGGAGAAGCAGAGAAGAAAUUGAGAAAGAAGUACUGGCUCUGUUGGGGCAACAAGGCGAAGAGUCUGAUAAUGAAGAAGAACCUCAGCCUUCCACAUCCCGUGACAUAGACCAAACUGAUAUGUCUGAACAUUCAUUGAUGGAAGAGCACAUCAGCGCCAAUAACACAGUGGAUUGUGUAGAUUUAGCGAACGAACAUGAAGCACAAGAAAUUCUCACCGUUGAAUCCUCCGAAGAAAUUAAUGCAGAUGGAGAAAUCACCGAGACCUACACAAUCGUCGAUGAUGGCACUGGCGGACCUCACAUAUGGACCACAGAAGACGGCGAAUCAGUCGUCGUAACUAUUGAACAAGAUGAGCAAGGUACCUUAGUCGCAUCUACCGUCCAGCAACAGGACAUAAAUGACAUCAUUCAGGGAGAAAUUUUGAUGUUGGAAUAAAACCCAUGCCAAUACAUUGAUUUCAUACAUGUG